UCUCAACGUGUCAUAAACAACAGUGAAAUCCGGAUGGUGACAGAAAAAACUUAUAAAUCAACAUUUUAACUGAAUGAUGCGCUGAAAUCUCAAACGUGCCCUUGGUUUUAACAACGUGAGGUAGAAAUGGAGAAUAUUCAAACUCUCCCCAUCGACAUUCACACCAGCAAGUUGUUAGACUGGCUGCUGGAUCGACGGCACUGCACGGUGAAGUGGCAGAGCGCGGUGAAGGCGGUCAGAGAGAGGAUCAACACUGCCAUCCAGGACAUGCCGGAGAACGAGGAGAUCAAGCAGCUUCUGUCCGGCUCACAUAUACACUACUUUCACUGCUUGAGGAUCGUGGAGAUACUGAAGGGAACUGAAGCGUCAUCAAAGAACAUCUUUGGCAGAUAUUCCUCUCAGAGGAUGAAGGACUGGCAGGAGAUCGUGUCCCUGUAUGAAGCAGAAAAUGUCUAUCUGGCGGAGGUGGCCAGCUUGCUGAUCCGUAACCUAAGCUACGAAGGCCCAGCUCUGAGGAAGCAGAUCGCCAAAGCUCAGCAGCAGCAGCAGGAGCUCGGCAGGCGGGAGGGGGAGUGUCAGAGCUCAACAGCAGAACUGAGGGAGCGCUACUACUCCGCCUGCAAACAGUAUGGCAUCAAGGGUGAAAAUGUGCCACGAGAACUUCAAGCACUGGUGAAAGACCUGCCAGCAGUCCUGAAUGAAGUUGGGAGGGAUGCAGCAACGCUGGAGGAAAAAGUCCAGUUUUACACAGCUUUCACAGACUUUGUGUGUGACUGGUCUGAGCCCGUCCUGCCCAUGCUGACGUUUGCCCAGAAGAAGGGGAACGGGACAUUUUAUGAGUGGAAAAAGGGGAAAGUCCCCACGGUUGUUGAAAGGCCGUUUGUGGAGGAGGCGUCUGCUGAUACGCUCACAGAGGACACGAUUGACUGGGGCAACUUUGGAAAAGAAACAGACUCCUUGGGUGUGAAUGCAGGAAUCACAGUGGAAGAAGAAAUAGACUGGGGCAUCAGUCUGGAGCCAACAUCGGAGGUGACACGAGACGCUGGAGCGAAUGGCAUUGACUGGGGGGACAGUGAAGGGGCUCCCACUGAAAUUGAAAUUGUAGACGUAGGAACAGACUGUCCUGAUGGUGUUGCGAGGGGUGAAGAGGCUCUCAGUGUCCUGGAACACUCCCAGUCACGCAGCCAGUUUAUUGAUGAGCUAAUGGAGUUGGAGGUGUUCCUCACCCAGCGCAUCAAUGAGAUGGGGGAGGAGAGUGACGUGGUGGCCAUGAGCCAGUUCCAGCUAGCACCCUCCGUCAUCCAAAACCAAAACCGCCAACAUGUCCGGGAGAUGCUGUCAGAGGUGCAGGACCUGCUGGGACGGCUCACCUCUCUGCGCAUGCAGCACUUGUUCAUGAUCCAGGCCUCGCCACGAUACGUUGAGCGUGUGUCAGAGGUGCUGAGACAGAAGAUGAAGCAGGCAGACAUACUGGUGCUGAAAGCUGCCACGAUGGCUGAGAGGAGGCAGGAAGCGCUACAGGAGCAGUCCAGGCUGGAGCCUCGUGUCGACCUGCUGGCAGGACGCACCCGGGAACUCCAGAAAAUGAUUGAAGCAGACAUUUCAAAGAGAUACCACAGCAGACCCGUCAACCUGAUGGGGGUUAAUAUUUAGUGAAUUUAACAGAUGUUGUUCAAAAUAUUUUGUCAUGAUCUACAAAGACAAAUAAAAAAUGGUAUUUAAUUUAA